UCAGGGGCUUGCUCUUGCAAAACCAAACCACAGGGCAGACUUGCAGAAGAAGGCAGAGUUCCGCCAUGCCCAGCUCAGCACUGCUGUGUUGCCUGGUCUUCUUGGCUGGGGUGGGGGCCAGCCAAGACCAGAGUAUCCAGUCUGAGAACAGCUGCACCCACUUUCCAGCCAGCCUGCCUCACAUGCUCCGAGAGCUCCGAGCUGCCUUCGGCAGGGUGAAGACUUUCUUUCAAACGAAGGAUCAGCUGGACAACAUGUUGUUAAACGAGUCCUUGCUGGAGGACUUUAAGGGUUACCUGGGUUGCCAAGCCUUGUCUGAGAUGAUCCAGUUUUACCUGGAGGAGGUGAUGCCGCAGGCUGAGAACCACGGCCCAGACAUCAAAGAGCACGUGAACUCCCUGGGAGAGAAGCUGAAGACGCUGAGGCUGAGGCUGCGGCGCUGUCACCGAUUUCUUCCCUGUGAAAACAAGAGCAAGGCCGUGGAGCAGGUGAAGAAUGCCUUCAGCAAGCUGCAAGAGAAAGGCGUCUACAAAGCCAUGAGUGAGUUUGACAUCUUCAUCAACUACAUAGAAGCCUACAUGACAAUGAAGAUGAAAAACUGAAACAUCCAAGAUGGCAACUCUUUAGACUCUAGGACAUAAAUUGGAGAUCUCCAAAAUCUGAGCCAAUGCUCUGGGAUAGCCAGCCCAGUUCCUUGGAAAACCUUGUCAUACCUCUCUCCUAGAAUAUUUAUUACCUCUGAUACCUCAACUCCAAUUUCUAUUUAUUUACUGAGCUUCUCUGUGAACUAUUUAGGAAGAAGCCCAAUGUUAUAAUUUUUUUUCAAUAUUUAUUAUUUCCACCUGUGUUUAAGCUGUUUCCAUAGGGAGACACCCUAUAGCAUAUGAGUGUUUUAGGAGAAAUUUUAAGUUAUAUGAGGGAAAACAGUUUUCCUUUUGGAGCCAACCUAAGCUUCCAUUCCUAGCCUGACCACGCUUCACAGCUGUUGGGCUGUUUUCCCUAAUCUCCCUCUAAUUUCUCUUGUCUCUGGGCCCGGGGCUCCCGGGGUGUUACAGACUCUGACCCUCUUAGGAAGAGAAACCAGGGAGCCCUUUGAUGAUUAACCUUCCAGUGGCUCAGAGGGAUUCCCCUGACC